AUGUCUUACGUUUUAGUUUUAGUACCAUCACCAAAUUUAACGUUUACGUUUGAGAGUAGUGAUGCGUUGAAAAACUUGCCAAUCAUUAAUACUGUCGAUAUUGCAAGACAGCUGGAAUUAGCAUACAGCUUAUCUCGCAACUCGCUGGCAAAUAUUUCCAUUGCAAGUGACCCGACGACAGAUAAUAAUCGUCAGAAUUGUUUAGUCAAAUGUACCGUAACAAAUGUAAAUAAUACUCAUCUCAUUCUGCAAGUGAUUAUCAAUUAUCUUCCAUGUGGUCGUUUCGAUUUUUGUAAAAUCGCACUAUUUAAUGAGAUCAAUGAAUCAUUCGACAACGACCGUGAUCCAUUUCCCAUCGAUCUACAGUAUAAUGAUAGCACACAAUCGACAGUUUAUAUUAAACGAUGCAAAACAAGCAUAUAUUCGAUCGUCAAACAAUUCAAUCUUUACAAUGCAAGCAUUGCGGAGUUGCAAGAUGGACUUUCAAAGCGCUAUUUUACGUCAGUAGAUUUAGUCAAAGCCUACAUCGCUCGUAUCGAUGAAGUCAAUAUCAAGGGUCCUAAGCUUCGUGCUGUAAUCGAAAUUUCACCUACUGCUUUGGAUGCAGCUCAUGCAACCGAUAUCUUGCGCCAGAAUGGUACAAUUCUUUCCUCACUUCAUGGCAUUCCGAUCUUAUUGAAAGAUAAUAUUGCAACACGUCCUGAAGAUGGAAUGAAUACGACAGCAGGUUCGUUUGCACUUCUUGGCAGUAUUACUCCAGAUGAUGCAACAGUCGUAAAGAAACUACGUAAUGCUGGUGCAGUUAUACUCGGCAAAACGUCUCUUAGCGAAUGGGCAAACUUCCGUAGUGUGAAUAUGACUAAUGGAUGGUCAGGUCGUGGUGGACAGGCUACGAGUGCCUUUUAUCCUCAGGGAGACGCUUGUGGAUCAUCCACUGGUAGUGGUAUCGCUUCUUCGAUUGGACUUGCUGCUGCAAGCUUAGGUACUGAAACGGAUGGUAGUAUUGUAUGUCCAGGCAGUCGAAGCAAUCUUGUCGGUAUCAAACCAACCGUCGGUCUUACUUCUCGUCAUCUAGUUAUACCGAUAUCACAAAAUCAAGACUCCGUUGGUCCCAUGUGUCAGUCGGUUGCGGAUGUGGCUGCUAUUCUAACUAUUAUUGCAGGACGUGAUAAUGAAGAUAACUUCACUCUAGCUCAGCCUGAGAAAGUCCCAGAUUAUAGUCAAUAUCUGAAUGCAAAUGGGUUGCGAGGUGCACGCAUUGGAGUUCUUCGUAAAAUCUUUGCCAACUCAACUUUUGGUGGAUAUCCAGACUACAUUAUUUCAGAGUUCAAUAAAACCAUUGAGGAAAUUUUCAAAAAACUCGGUGCGAACAUUACUGAUCCUGCAGAUCUGGAUACUGCAGAUGAAAUUGCUACAGCUGAGCAUGAGCUCAUCGUCCUUAAAUACGAGCUCAAGGAUGGAAUCAACCAAUACCUCUCUCAAUUAAAAAGUAUUCCUUCGAACACGACAACGUUACAGGAUCUAAUCAAUUUUAACAUUGCUCACCCAGAUCUAGAACUACCACCUGGUCGAGACAACCAGAACUUGUUUCUCGAAGCACAAAACACUACCCAUCUGCAAGAUUUUGUCUAUACCAAUGCUCUAGCAAUCGAUUUUGAUCUUGGUAGACGUCGAGGAAUCGAUGCCACUUUGAAGAAAUACAAUCUCGACGCUCUUAUUGCUCCAACAGAAGGUUUCACUAGCAGUCCUCCUGGUAUUGCAGGCUAUCCCAUAAUUACUGUUCCAUUAGGAUUUUUACCCAAUGAUACAAAGGUGACUACGAACGAAAACACGGCCUCACAAAAGUUGCCAAUAUGGCCCGCACCCAAUUUUCCCUUCGGAUUGUCUUUCAUUGGAACUGCGUACAGUGAAGCUAAAUUGAUUGAAUUGGCCUACAGUUACGAACAGGCAACACAACAUAAAAGAAUAGGCAUGCCUUUUGCAGCAGCCAUUCCAAAGACGCAGCUGACAGAUAUUCUUUGCCCAAAAUAG